UGUCUGAGCAGCAGGAGAGAGCCUUCACGCUGGGACUGGCAGGACUUCUUGGCGAGGGAGUUUUUAACUUUGGAGAACUUCUCAUGCACCCCGUGCUGGAGUCACUGAGGAACACCGACCGGCAGUGGCUGAUCGACACCCUGUACGCCUUCAACAGUGGCAACGUGGAAAGAUUCCAGACGCUGAAGGCUGCCUGGGGCCAGCAGCCUGACUUGGCAGCCAACGAGGCCCAGCUUCUCAGGAAGAUUCAGCUGCUGUGCCUCAUGGAGAUGACUUUCACACGACCUGCCAAUCACAGACAACUUACUUUUGAAGAAAUUGCCCAGAGUGCUAAAAUCACAGUGAACGAGGUGGAGUUGCUGGUGAUGAAGGCGCUCUCCGUUGGGCUGGUCAAGGGCAGUAUAGACGAGGUGGAUAAGCGAGUCCACAUGACCUGGGUGCAGCCCCGCGUGCUGGACUUGCAGCAGAUCAAGGGCAUGAAGGACCGCCUGGAGUUCUGGUGCACCGACGUGAAGAGCAUGGAGAUGCUGGUGGAGCGCCAGGCCCACGACAUCCUCACCUAGUGCCCUCGCGUCCCUGUGGCCAGAGACUGGCAGCUCAGAGGAUGUGCGUUGAACUGGGGCAGGGGGUGGGAUCCUGUUCUUGCUGUAAAAACAGGGUUGUGAAUGGUGGGCCUUGGCCACAGGGAGAAGCCCCCAUGGGGGUCUCCUGGUCUUGGGACACAAGAGGGCAAGAGUGAAUGCACAGCAGUGGCCCUCGAGCCGAGGACACUGGCCCCCAUGGCAGGUCUCCGCUGCAUCCCCCUGUGUCCUCUGGGAGUGUCCACAAUAAACGCCUUGGCCGUGUC